UGCUAUACGUGUCCAUCUUCAUCACCGGAGUGCUAGGAAAUGUCAGUACUUGCAUAGUUAUAGUGAAGAACAAGUCUAUGCAUACAGCUACCAACUACUACCUGUUCAGCUUAGCCAUUUCUGACCUACUGUUGCUGACCUCAGGACUGCCUCCUGAGAUCUACAAGAUCUGGUGCAGGUACCCAUACAUUUUUGGAGAGGUCUUCUGUGUAUUGCAGGCUGGAUAUGACGCCCAAAUAAAGAGUUAUUGGAUUAUCUGCUUUGAUGAACUGAUCGAACACAAUAUUACAGAACGAGACUCGGAUGGGAAUAUAUACGUGGCCAUCUGUCAUCCGUUCCUCUCCCACACGCUGAGUAAACUAUCGCGGGCCAUCAGACAUAUAGUGGCCAUUUGGGUCAUGGCCCUUUGCUUGGCCGUACCGCAGGCCAUGUCGUUCGGGGUCGUGUGUGAAGUGAUCGCUGGCGAAAUGCAUACUGACCAUUGCUUGUGUGUGCCGAAACGGACAGUGUUGCCGCACGCUUUCGAGAUAUCGACGUUCGUGUUUUUCGUCGCGCCUAUGUCUAUGAUCACUGUGCUAUACAUCCUGAUUGGGGUUAGUAUAAAUUACAAUUACAGUCAAAACUAA